AUGCCUCCACUGGGAGCUUCCAACCUGCGCAAGAGGCAGCAGCAAGCUGAGCAUCCUUCAGAGCGUCACUCGAAGAGACAGCAGCUUGACCAUUCCACUUCAGCUUACUGGGAUAAUUUGUCGAAGAUUUAUUUAACCAAAAAUGCGAUAAGAGAGCACGACCGAAGAAACAGCACUUUCAAACAACUGCAAAAGCUUCACAAACCGGUUAACCGCCGGCACUGUAGGCCCAACACCCGCCAGUUUCAGGCUGAGCAGGACUCGCGCCUGGAACUCGUUCGGCUUCCUGGGUUUCUAUGUGACUGUUCGCCUACUCAGUUAAAGGAGAUAACAAGACUCUCAAGAUUGGGUGGUCCCGAUCUAUCUGAUUUGAAGAAUGAAAGAUUGGCACAACCACGAGCCUCUCUUUCUCCCUCAAAAUUCUCUGAAAAGUGCUUUGAGGACUUUAGAGAAGCAGAUGCGCAUGCAUCUAAAGAGCCUGUUACAAUCUCAGUGAAUCCAGUUCUUGAUGGUGAUAUUGGUGACCAUAAAUGUGUCGGAGGGGAGUAUUCAUUUGGAAAUCUUGCUCCCUUAACUGAUGGAACAUUGUCUUCAGCCAAACCAGAUCACUUUUUUGGUGCACGUCCUGAACAGCGGAAUCAUUCAAUCCGCGAAGCUCUUAGUGAUCAAAUUAUCCCAUCAACACAGGAUGAUCUCCCGAUGAUGCCAAACUUCUUUUUGGAGGUAAAAGGCCCUGAUGGAUCUCUUGCUGUGACCACGCGGCAAGCAUGCUACAAUGGCGCCCUGGGUGCCCGCGGAAUGCAUACUCUACAAUCCUAUCAGCAAGAACCAACCUACAAUAACAAUGGUUACACUCUUACAUCGACUUACCACGGCGGUACAUUAAAGCUGUACACCACACAUGUCAGCAAGUCAGACAAUCCAGAUAGCCGUCCUGAAUAUUUUAUGACACAGCUCCGAUCAUUUGCCCUUACUGAUACAUCUGAGGCCUUUCGACAAGGAGCUUCUGCAUACCGAAAUGGUCGAGAUUGGGCAAAAGAAAUAAGAGAUGAUGAACUUAUUAGAGCGGCAAAUAAAAGGCACUCCGAGGCUCACUCUUCUAUCUCCCAACGCCGGACCACUUCAGAUUCAACGCCUAUCCUGGAUGAUUCUGAUGGGUCAACCAACGAAUAUCAAGAUGCCCAAUGGAGUUUUGCAGCUCCAGUUGAAGAAGUCCCUCCGGGAAAUCCGAAAACGCCGAAGAUCCGUGCCAGCGAGUCCCUUGAUACGGCCGGUGAUGAGGCCAGCCAAACAACUAGUGAUAAAGGCCCCAGGCUUCCGAGCUGAAGACAUGUACUUAAAUAUGAUUCUACAUCAAUGCUUAAUACCCUACUGUGAAUUAUUACAGCCGAUUUUGUGUGAUUUAUUUGACUAGUUUUGAAAUUAUUAAAUUCUUCUUGGUCUCUUCAGAGCUCCAAGCAUUGAGUUAAUAAAGCACGUUAAUCUGAACAGGAAAGGCUUACAGUGUGAAUUGUUGUAUGACUCGCUCCCUUAAUCCUUGCAAAAUGCUCUGAGAACGGGCGUUGAAGGAUGAACCACACACUUACCUUGGGACAAAAUGAGGCUGACCUCCUUGGAUUUUUCCAAUAAGGGCCAAACAUUAUCUCAGUGAACUCAGUCACUUCACUUCAAGCUAAUUCAGUCUGAACUACUGUCACUUUCUGUCAAGUUCUGCUACCUUCUGAGUCAAUCAACUGUCAGAGAGCUUACACUAUUCUCAAAUGAAAUAUUUUAAACUCUUUAUAGAGUGUCUGAGA